CGACAACAUCGGCGCGGGCUUUCUGAAUAUUAAUUCUCGGCUAGGUUAGGUACACAUUAAUUCCAUAUUCUAGUGAGGUUCUACCUGAGGUUCGUUUUCCAUAAAUCUGCGGAAGCCGAAAAAAAAAAAAUAAUCAAAUCAAAUCAAAACUACGAAAAUGGCUUCCCAAUUAGACAAAAGCAAGCUAGGGUUCAUCGGAGGCGGUAACAUGGCUGGCGCCAUUAUCGGCGGCCUCGUUGCCAAAGGCGUUAACAAGCAGAACAUCAUCGUCUCGGAGCCCUGGGAGGUGAACCGGGAUAAGAUCCAAGCGACCGGGGUGCGCACCACCGCGUCCAACGCCGAGGCCUCGCAGGAUGCCGAUCUCCUCGUCCUCGCGGUGAAGCCCCAGGUCACGAAGGGCGUGUGCCAAGAGCUCGCCGGUGCUUGGGCCGGCCGCACGUCCCUGCCUUUGAUCGUCUCCAUCGCCGCGGGCAUCACGCUGCAGAGCCUGAAGGACUGGCUCGAGCUCGCCGACGGACGCACGCCCCAUAUCAUUCGCGUCAUGCCGAAUACCCCCGCUCUGCUGGGCGAGGGCGCAUCCGGCCUCUUCGCGAGCGGCGACGUGUCGCAAGAAGAGAAGGACUUGGCCGCCGCGCUGCUGGGAAGCGUGAGCAAGGUGGCCGAGUGGGUGGACCGGGAAGAGCUCAUUGACGUCGUGACGGGGCUGUCCGGAUCCGGACCUGCGUAUUUCUUCGCCAUGGUAGAACACCUGAUCGAAAGCGGGAUAAGCCUAGGGCUGUCCCGGGAACAGGCUACGCGUCUAGCCAAGCAGACUUGCUUCGGGGCGGGUAAGAUGCUGGUGGAGUCGUCCGACGAGCCGGCGCAGCUGCGGAUCAACGUGACUAGUCCGAAGGGGACUACGGAAGCCGCCCUGAAGAGCUUCGAUGCCUCGGGGUUCAAGGAGACCGUAGACAGGGCCGUAAAGGCAGCGGCUGACCGGGGAAAGGAGCUGGGGGAGACUCUUGCGAAGUCAUAAUUUCGCAGCGCUUAUCCGUCAUUUGUGAUUAGAAAAUACAAAGGACUUCGCAGACUUGAGCUUCAAGUUCCUUAUCAACAAGUAUGGUUGGUAUAUGGAGUGGAGUGGAGUGUCUUGACUUGACUACCUGGGGCUGUUAAGUUGAUCUGCAUGUGCAUAACGGUUGAACAGAAAAGAAGACAUCUCCUAUCUGCGCACCCUUAUAGGUAUUAAGCUAUAGUUACUUCGCAUUUCUAGAUGCAGUGCCAGUCUCUGCACCCGCCCCAAAGGACGAAAAUGUCAGUUGAAUAUUAACUCGCAUUCAGUUACAUUUUCUCAGAGUGUUUUAGAAGCUGUUGAGACAACGAAAGCAUCUAAGCGGUCAAUGUCCGAUCACCAAUAAACGAAACUAGACCUAGUCACCCUACCUUGGGUAAAUACAGAUAUGAAUUUGCAUACAUCGUCAUCAUAUGAUAUAGAUACUUGUACGUUAGGUCAUCGCCAUACUUUUUCGGAAUGGUUAUUACAAAGACUUAGUAAAAAGGAAUCAUUUGUUGUUGCCUUAUUAGUCAGUCAAUGCAAUAAGAGCC